UCGAACCCACGCGCUUUUCUUGUUCACGAUUCAAAGCUGAAAAAUCCCACGAAGGCGGCGGUGGGAGCGAGCGAGGGAGAUGUGGGGGAGGAGGCUGGCGUCGCUCCCUUCUCUCCUUCAUAAGAAGGCUUCUUCUUCCGGCGGAGGCCUCUUCUCGAUCUCCACGGACGCGGCGGAGGUGGCGGGAACGGGUGGCAAGAAACAGAGCUCCUUUGCUCGCCGGGCCGUCCCCAUCGUUUUGAUCAGCCUCACCGGAGGCGUCGCUCUCAGCACCCUCAACGACCUGGCCAUCUUCCAUGGCUGCACCAGCAAGGCAAUCGAAAAGGCAAGUCAGAAUCAAAAAAUUGUAGAAGCUCUUGGUGAGCCAAUUGUAAGAGGUCCCUGGUAUGAUGCUACUCUUGCAGUUGGUCACAGAAGGCAUACUGUAUCUUGCACAUUUCCUGUGUCCGGGCCACAGGGAACCGGCAUUUUCCAGCUGAAGGCUGUUCGUUCUGGAGAGGACACUUGGUUUUCAUUUUUGCGACACAAUGAGUGGGACAUACUAAUCAUGGAGGCCCUCCUCAAUGUCCCUUCAGACAACGGGAGUCAUCGUACAUUUAGAGUAAGUCUCUCCGACAGUAUGGUGCCCCCACCUCCGCUGGAGUGCAAGGAAUGCAGGGCUUCAGAAUUGCCGAAACCGGAUAAGUGAGCUGAUUUGGGAUAAUCUAAUGCAACAGGUGCCUUUCUUUAUUAUCUACAACAGAUUUUUUCCUGCUCCCUUCUCGUCAAGCAUGCCAUGCCAGGAGUAUAUGUGCAAGAAACUUGGGAAAACUGGGUUUUGGCUGUAUGUAUACUCAUGGAAGUUUUCGAUGCAGUGCUGAAGAUAAUAGGAUGUGAAUUUAACAAGCAACAUUUAUUCGGUAACAAAUUUUGAAUGUUGCCUGCAUAAACUUCGAAACAUACUAUUUAUUCUGUCCAAUUUUCAUGACCAGAUAUUGUGUUGUUUUCUAUUAUUUUUCUUGUCUCCAAAUAAAGAGAAUGAAAAAUCCCUCAAAUUUCAUUA